AUGAAAGAUGCCAUAUUGGAACGAGGAUUUGGCCGAGUGCAGCAGCUGAAAGACGUCUCUCGCUCGGGUUCCACAGAACGAAAAAGGUCUCGCAAAUUACAUUCAAAAAAACGUCAUUAAGCCGGGACUGAAGGAGAUGCAGUGAAGGGGGAGGAAUCUGCUGACUGACAGGGGACAAAGGUUGAAGGCUAAAAGUCACCAGGAUGCACUCCCAAACACAGGACAGGCCAUUGGCCCUCAACACGGGAAAGUCCUACAGUCCAACCAAUGGGAAAGAGGAAGAGGUUCACACAGAUUCCAUGGAGGAAGAGGCAGACUUUAACUGGGAGGAGUAUUUGGAGGAGAGGGGGGCCACCGCCGCCCCUCAUACGUCCUUCAGACACGUGGAGAUCAGCCUACAGAGCAGCUUUCAGCCAGGGAUGAAGCUGGAGGUGGCCAAUAAGAGUAACCCAGACACCUACUGGGUGGCGACCAUCAUCACCACCUGUGGCCAGCUGCUGCUGCUGCGCUUCAGCGGCUACGGAGAAGACCGGAAGGCUGACUUCUGGUGUGAUGUCAUGAACGCAGAGCUCCACCCUGUGGGCUGGUGUGCCCAGAACAGCAAGACUCUCAUGCCACCAGGAGAUAACGUUUACCUAAGAAAAGCCAUCAAGGAUAAGUACAGCGACUGGACAGACUUCCUCAUCCAGGAUCUGACUGGCUCAAGGACGGCCCCAGCUAACCUGUUAGAGGGGCCCCUGAGAGGUAAGAACACAGUGGAUCUGAUCGUGGAGGGCUCAGUGAUGGAGCUCUGUGACCUCACGGACCCCUCCCUCUACUGGGCGGUGCGCGUCACCCAGAACGUCGGUGGGAGGCUUCAUCUGCGCUACGUCGGCCUCGACGACGACUCCCACAGCCCUUGGCUGUUUUACCUGGACGUGCGGCUUCGCCCGCUAGGCUGGGCCCAGGAAAACAGUCUCUCCAUGCAGCCUCCAGCCGAGCUGCGUGUUCUGAAGAGCGCCCCCGAGUGGCAGCAGGCUCUGGAAGCAGCGCGGGCCGAGGCAGAGAGCAGACCUUUACCACUGGAGGUGUUCAAGGACCAUGUCGAUCUGUCCAAACACUCCUUCAAGACCGGCAUGAAACUGGAGAUGGUGUCACCAUGGGAACCGCUCCACAUUUGCCCCGUGUCUGUCACGCGGGUAUACGAUGAGCACUACUUCCAGGUCACAGUCGAUGACCUAACCCCCGAGGCCACACCCCUGUCCCAGGUGUGCCAUGCUGAUUCGCCAGGUAUCCUGCCCGUCCAGUGGUGUAUGAAGAACGGGGUUGGUCUAGAGCGGCCGCGGGCCUACCCCAGCCAGGACUUUGAUUGGGCGGACUACCUGAAGCACCGUGGGGCAGAGGCUGCUCCUGACAGCUGCUUCCCCGACACGUGGCAGAGCAGAGGCUUCUCCAAGGACGUGUGGCUGGAGGCUGUGAAUCCUCACAGGCUGGAGGAGGUGUGCGUGGCUCAGAUCACGCAAGCCAAGGGCCGCCUGCUGUGGCUCCGAUUGGAGGGUCUGCCCCAGCCCCUGGCAGAGAGGCUGGUGGAUGUGGAGUCCAUGGACAUCUUCCCUGUAGGGUGGUGCGAGGCCAACGGUUAUCCCCUGACCUCUCCCCUCAAACCUGUCUGCCAGCAGCACAAGAAGAUUGCAGUAGUCCAGCCAGAGAAGCAGUUUACCCCGCCCCAGCCUGUGGAGACCAUCCCUCUCAAUCUCUGCCAGCCAGUUGCCAUGGAUACAGGCUCAGCCAAUGGACGGUACUGCUGCUCGCGCAUCUUUGUGAACCACCGCUGUUUCUCCGGCCCUUACCUUAACAAGGGCCGCAUCGCCGAGCUGCCUCAAGCCGUAGGGCCAGGGAAAUGCACGCUGGUCCUGAAAGAGGUGCUGGGCAUGCUGAUCAACGCGGCCUACAAGCCUGGGCGUGUCCUGAGGGAGCUGCAGCAGGUGGAGGACCAGCACUGGGACUGCCAUGAGGAGACCCUCAAGGCCAAAUACAAGGGAAAGACGUAUCGCUCGUCCAUCCGUAUUGUGCGUCUGGCAGAGCAGAUACCAGAAUUUUGUCGUAAAGUGUGUGUGAAGCUCCAGUGCUGCCCAAACCUGUUCAGCACAGUCCUCGUCACAGACAAGUGUCCAGAGAACUGCUUUGUACAGACCAAGACCAAAUAUACGUAUUAUUAUGGUAAGAAGAAGAAGCCGACCAAGCCAUGCGGAGGAGAGUUCUCAAUGGAGGGAGACGUGGCCAAGCCUGCUCGCCGCAGGAAGAAGAGGAAAUCCAUCUUUGUCCAGAAGAAGCGACGCUCGUCUGCAGUGGACUACCAGCCUGCAGGCUCACCUCUGGACAGCGAUGAGGAUGACGACGACGAGGACAUGGAGAUGCAGUCGGGCAGCGAGGAAGGCACCAGCUCGGAGCCGCGCGAGGACCACACGGACACCUCCUCCGUGGAGGUGGCGAGCAGCCGUCCGAGGCGCGCCGCCACGCUACGCAGGGCCACUCACACGGCCGCAGCCUCGAGCAAAGCAGACGGCCCUGAGGGCAGGAGAAGAAGCACUCGCUCACUGUCCUACAGCCAGGCCAAGUACCAGCCUCCCAAGAGACAGGACAUGCAGGUGGAGUGCAGCGAGGAGGAGAGCCAGCUGGUUCUGGAGAGGAACCCUCUGGAGUGGAGCGUAGACGAGGUGGUGAGCUUCAUCACCUCCACUGACUGUGCCUCCCUCGCCAAGAUCUUCCAUGAGCAGGACAUCGACGGCCAAGCCUUACUGCUGCUGACCCUGCCAACAGUGCAGGACUGUAUGGACCUGAAGCUUGGUCCAGCCAUCAAGCUGUGUCACCAGAUAGAGAGGGUCAAAGUGGCCUUCUACAGACAGUUUGCCAACUGACAUUGGGCACCCCACCUGUAAGCUUUACCUGCCACUUUCCUCUGAGGAAGAGGAGGCUCUGAGAUGACCCUGUGGUUGAGUUCUGGAUUAUAGUCUGGAGGUGUCAGAUGGACAGAAAGUGGAAGUGGAACAGGAAGUGGAACAGAGUUGGCUUCUGAAUGUUGACUUUAAUUCAAUUCUGAGAGUACAGGCUCCUUAAUCCUAUAGGAUUCUGGGAUUUCACCUUUUGCUGGUCGGAAGAUCGGAGUGAAAAUGUGAUGGACUUAUGAUUCAGGGCAGGAAGUAACAUCAGACAAAGUCUUAAAAGAACCCGCCACACUUUCAGGAUCUUUGAUCUGUUUGAGCAGCGUAAAGGGAUUCCUACAAUUAUUUCCACAAUCCCUGUGGAAUACAGAUCUGUGAACAUUGUUUUUCUCAUUUUUCGAAUGGAUUUUCAUGUUCUAUACAUACUAUUUGUGAUAACUGCCACUGCAUUUAAGCAGAAUUAUUUACUUUUAUUUUCCCAGCGUUAUCUCUUUGUUUUAAUUCCAGCUAAAUUGAUUUAUAAGAAAUUGACAAAAAUAUGUAUUAACCUAAGAUUAUAUAUUUGCGAUAAUAUAUUUGCAAUAUUUAUUAUGGUGCAUAUUUAAGAGAUGAACUAUCUUAUGUGGAUACUUGUUUGGUUACCAGUUGAAUUGAUACUGUAGUAAUAUGGCUGUACAUUAUCCAGCUCUUUUCAUUUCCAUAAUUAUGUUCUGUAAGAUGUUCCUGUUAUUUAUGUUAGAUAGAAGUCAAUUUCCUGUUUAGAGAUUGGAACAACUAGCUAGUCAAAACAUUUUAGAACAGGAAAUCACAAGCUAAUUUAUUUGAUCCCAAUUAUUUUCCUUUUAUGGAACCAUGUUUUCAAAACAAUCUUAAAAUAUAUUUCAUAUAAUCUAUGCAAAUGUGGUGCAGAUAUUUUUGAUAAUAAGAAAAUAAAUUUAUACAGAUUUUCAUAGUAA